CAGAUGAAGAGCGCAGAGAGCCGCCACCCGGUGAGCUCCCAGUACAGGAUGCACUCGUACUACGGGCCUCCCUCCUACCUGGGCCAGAGCAUGUCCCAGAUCUUCACCUUUGAGGACGGCCCCUCCUACUCAGAAGCCAAAGCAAGCGUGUUCUCACCGCCCAGCAGUCAAGAUUCUGGCUUGGUUUCCCUCUCCAGCAGCUCUCCGAUGAGCAACGAGAGCACCAAGGGAGUUCUGGAAUGCGAGUCUGCACCUUCUGAGCCCAGCAGCUACACUGUCAACCAGGUCCUGGAAGAGGAUGAGGACGAGUGAGCCGCCGGUCGGUCGACUCGGUGUCCACAGGGUAGUAGAAGGCUUGUUCUGUUAUCGGCAGGGUUUGUUAUUUGUCUUUUUCCGUUCAGAAGUUUUGGUUCAUAUUCCUUAGAGUUAGAUUAAAACACUUGUAACAGUGUAGGGUUCCUGACUACCAACUGCAAGAAUUAAGUGCCUGGCUCACCAAGUUUAAACUAUAGUUGAAUCUCUCCCCUUACCCACUCCCCCCCACAUACAACUAAUUGACUAUUGGCCCAAGUUAGUCAUAAUUGCUUGCUACUUUUGGAGUUAAAAUGAAAUCUUAAGUGCCUUCGAUUAUUACAAAGUUUUCAGGAUUUUAACAAAACCAAGAAAUAUAAAUUUAGCCAAGUACUUGACCAGAGAGAAGAGCAGGCAAAAUUACUUAAGAAAUAUGCAGGAAGUAAAUGGGAACGACACUGUUUCUGUGUUGCUGUUGGAAAUAGCUGUAUCACACACUCCAAAUCUAAACAUAACUGAAAUACAGUGAGAGAAAACUGUUACUAUUUUCCCCAGUAAAGGGUAACUUAAAAGCAAUACAACAUGAAGUAACCUGGAGAGGUAUUUCCUGGGUGGUGUUCCUAGAAUGAGUUUAAUAUGUACAUUUUCUUUACUACAGGGGAAAAGUGGAUGCAAUCUAGAUGAUUUUGUAACCUUAGGUUGUAAUCUGAGUUGAAAAUAAGUACAUCUUUAAAAGUUACCACUGAAAUUUGAGUUCAUUAUUUUGUUAAAAAUUGCUUUUGGAGUACUUCCUUAUGUAACAGAAGCCAUCCUGAAAUGAAACUAGUCUAAAAAAAUUAAUUGUGGUGUGUGGUUGCAGCUGUACCUGAAAUAAAAACGUUAUU